AUGGAAGCCAUUCAGCGCUUCCUCAGGGAGUACGACUCGAUCAUAGUGAACAGGCUGGAAACGCAAACCAGACAGCCCUCGCUCUACUUCUCCGCUAUCCUCAUCGACCACGAACAGUCCUACGAACUGAUGAAACUGCUCAUGGCCCACGGAGCCAACGCACACUUCAAAGACAAUUACCAGCAGACCGUCCUCUUCUAUGUCUGCAGGGAGGGCAAAGAGAAGUGCCUUGAUCUGCUCCUGGAGGCCGGACUAAGCCUAGACGAUGAGGAUAUUUACGGUCAGACUCCCCUCUUCUACGCUGCCAAGGAAAAUCGGCUAAAUAUCAUCCACAAGCUCAUCGAAAAGAAGGCUCAGCAGACCCCUCUCUUCUACGCUGCCCGCGAAGGACACCUGGAGAUGUGCAAGAUAUUGAUCGAGGCGGGAUGCGAUUUGGCCCACCAGGACACUGCUCAUAAAUUGGCCAGUCACUACGCCAAAAAAUAUGGUAAGAAUGAGGUUUUUGAAUAUCUUGCCAACGAGUAUCAGUCCCUCAAGGACCAGAAAAAGAUACAGUCUGACAGCCGCCAGGAAAGCAAUCCCGAAGAGAAAGUGGUGGCCAAGGCAAAAAAGAAACGCGAAGCCAAUGCUGCCAACCAGACCACUAAGGCGCUCUACCGCCUCUACCGUUCUGACGCUUUCGGCAACUCCAACGAGAUAAAAGCGAAGGAGGCCUGGGUGAAGAUUGCACAGAAGGUGCUAUCGAUAUGCUGGAAAUCGAAGGGCGGUUACUACUUCCACGAGGCAGUGGACCCCAGCAAGUACGGCAUCGACGACUACUUCGACAUAAUCGCGGAGCCGAUGGACUUCGGGAUGAUAAAGCGGAAGCUGACCUUCAACGUCUACAACAACGUGGCGGAGUUCAUCUACGAUAUGAAGUUGGUAUUCGACAACUGCGUCAAGUACAAUGGCAUCGAGAACCUGAUCGCCAAGCAUGCCAUCGAAAUCAAGAACCUUUUCGAGGAAAACAUGAAGCAGACCGGAUUCAUGAACUGA